GGACGUUGGAGUCACAGUCAGGAGGGGCUCUAUAUCAAACAUUAAUUUAAAAACAGCAAGCACUUACAGAAAAACCAAGCCAGCAUGUUCUCCCGCGUCGCAAGACCAACAGCCUCCCUCGUCCGAAGCUUGUCCACCUCAUCCCAGAACAAUGCAAAAGUAGCUGUUCUGGGUGCCUCAGGUGGCAUCGGGCAGCCACUGUCCCUCCUGCUGAAGAACAGCCCUUUAGUAAGCGAGCUGUCCCUCUUUGAUAUCGCCCACACUCCUGGAGUGGCUGCUGACCUCAGUCACAUCGAGACCAGAGCCCAUGUCAAAGGGUACAUUGGAGCAGAUCAGCUGGGUGAUGCACUGAAAGGCUGUGAGGUUGUCGUCAUCCCUGCUGGCGUCCCAAGGAAACCUGGUAUGACCCGUGAUGAUCUGUUUAACACCAAUGCAACCAUUGUGGCCACACUCGUUGAUGGCUGUGCCCGUCACUGCCCUCAAGCCAUGAUCUGCAUCAUUUCAAACCCAGUGAACUCCACUAUCCCAAUCACAUCAGAGGUGAUGAAGAAACAUGGCGUCUACAACCCCAACAAAAUCUUUGGCGUCACAACGUUGGACAUUGUCAGGGCAAACACUUUUGUUGCUGAGCUCAAAGGCCUUGAUCCCGCCAGAGUCAAUGUACCCGUUGUUGGAGGUCAUGCUGGAAUAACCAUCAUUCCUCUCAUUUCACAGUGCACUCCUAAGGUUGAGUUCCCUGCAGAUCAGCUCUCUGCUUUGACAGGCAGGAUCCAGGAAGCAGGAACUGAGGUUGUGAAGGCUAAAGCUGGUGCAGGCUCUGCCACUCUGUCCAUGGCCUAUGCUGGAGCCAGGUUCACAUUCUCCCUCCUCGAUGCCAUGAAUGGAAAAGAGGGUGUUGUUGAAUGCUCAUUUGUGAGAUCUGAGGAAACCGAAUGCAAAUAUUUCUCUACACCUCUUCUGCUCGGGAAAAAUGGCAUUGAAAAGAACCUUGGCCUUGGGAAGCUCUCUGCAUUUGAGGAGAAGCUUGUGGCUGAUGCCAUGACUGAGCUGAAGGGCUCCAUCAAGAAAGGAGAAGACUUUGUAGCAAACAUGAAGUGAUCUGCGACUGGUGCACUACCUGUGAAAUGUCAUUUAUUUAUGAAGCUGAGUCGUCAUUCAUCAACAGGGUUCCCAAAAUAUGUAUUUUCAUCAUGCUCAAAGAUGCAGAUUAAAUUGGUCCAAACCAGCCAUCAAUAAAAACGGUUUAUCAACUGAGCUAAAUCUUUUGCUUUUAAGUUCACACCAUUCAUAAUGUUGCUAUUUUUCUUUGAGGUCUUGACCUGUGUUCUGUUGUUGUUGAUAAAAAAAAAAGCACUUUGAACGACUCUUAAAUCAAUGUGAAUGAGUUUUACAUAAACAGAAAUGGCUCUGAGUAA